GGGACCGCGCACGCCGCUCCUGGGGCGGGGCCUCCCGCCGGCCGGCAGGGGGCGCGCGCCUGGAAAAGAGACGACGCUUUCAUGGAGGGGGCCGCUGUGGCCCGGGACCUGCUGGCCUUGGGGUAUGAGGGCUUCUCGGGGGCGCCGUCACUGGGCACCUCGUGUCCAGACUUCAGGGCGCUGUGCGCGCGGCUGGCGGCGGAGCUGGCGACUUUGGGCGCCCUGGAGCGGGAGCGAGGGGAGAGCGCGGAGGCGCUGAGAGCCGACGACGGCCCCGGCGCCGAGGAGGAAUUCCUGCGACAGUUGGCCGGCCUGCUGCAGGAGUUGCACUGCCCGGACCGCGCGCUCUGCGGCCGCGAUGGCGCGGCGGCGCUGCGGGAGCCCGGCGCGUGCCUGCGCCUGCUGCGCUUUCUCUGCUCGGAGCUCCAGGCUGCCCGCCUUCUCCGUUUGUACCACCGGCUGCAUCCCAGCCCCGCCCCGCCCUGUGGAGAAGGGGCAGAGGGGGUAGCUGGCAUGGUCCAGGAACUGGUCCUUACCCUCCAAGCUCUGGGGCUGCCCAGACCGACGCCUGGCACCGCCGCCAGCCGGCUGCUGUGGGAGUUGCAUGACAAGAUCGCUGAGCUGCUGCCUUCCCUGCCCCCAGGGUUCCUGCAGCCCCUCCUCACCCUCCCGCUGGACGCACCCAGAUGGGAGGCAUUGGACUCUCUGUGCCAAAGGCUGGGAGAUCAGUAUUGCUGCUGCCGCUGCCUGCUCCUGAAACGCCUGGACCUCACAACAUCUUCUUUCUACUGGAGUGAUCGGGCAGAGGCCCAAGGAGAAGCCAUGAAGGCAGUGCUGAUCCCACUUCGAGAGGCUCUGACCCCAGAAUCAGAUGUCUCUGUUGCACACGUCCUGGCUGCCCGAGCAGACCUGUCUCAUCUUGUCCCAGCCACCAGCAAGGCUGCCCGCCGAGGGACCUGCUGUGCCAUCAACAAGGAAUCAGGGGAAAAGACUCUCAAGACCACCCUGAACCCCCAGAAAAUCAUGGAGAAGAAGACCCCCAGGAUUACUGAGGACCCUCCAGGGAAUCAUAAGAACUCCUUCCUCCAGGCAUUGACCCCAAAUUCCCCUGCCUGUAUAGUCCCAAGGCAUUAUGGAGACACUUUCUGUCGGCAGAACCCUGGGAUGACUCUUGACCUCCCAGGGAAUCAAGGGAGAAGACCACCUCCCCCACCCCUCCUACUCCUGCUCCCCCAGUCAUGCCUGUCCUUCCCAGGUUCUGCCUUCAGAGAGAUUCCUCAGAAUUCCCCCUCUGUCCUCCAGUGCUGGUCCCUUCUCCCCCCAGCCCUCAUGAAAGCAGCAGACCCCUGAGAUUCCAUCUGUCCCUCCUCCCUGAGCUGGACCCCCUACUACGGUGACAGGCCCCUCCCCCAAGCCAGUAUUUUGGCAGGACCUGAGUCUUAGCCACCAGCCUGGGCCCCUAGGUUUGGAGAGAAGUUAUGGGUGCACAGUGGCCUCACCAGGGCUCUUCAGAGCUGGGCAGGGUCCCUGGGGUGAGGCAGCUUCAAGGAAAGUUUAAAAAUAACCCUCGCUCCGCCUUGUGCCUCCCUGAGGCUCGUGUUCCAAUUGCGGAAAGAGGGUAAUGGAGAGACAGGGAUGGCGGAGGAAAAGAGAACCGAAUCCAGGCUGAAUGGGCUUGGCUUCCACAGGGGUAGACAAAAUGGGAUUAGAGAAAUUUCUGUUGGCUGUGUGACUUUGUGCUAGUCACUUAAUGUCUCUGGGCUUCAGUUUCCCCACAUGAAAAAUGAGAAUCAUCCUUGGACCUUCCCUAGGAAUUUAUUAUGAACAUUCAAUGCCUUGCUCUUCAAAAGUGCUAAAUAAGGGACUUAGUUUGGGGCGCCUGGGUGGCUCAGUUAAGCAUCUGCCUUUGGGCUCAGGUCGUGAUCUCAGGGCCCUGGGAUCGAGCCCCGCAUGGAGCCUGCUCAGUGAAGAGUCUGCUUCUCCCUCUCCUUCUGCCCCUUCACCCACUCGUGCACGCUCUCUCUCUCUGUCUCAAAUGAAUAAAUAAAAUCUUUAAAAAAAAAAUAAGGGACUUAGUUUGCUCAGGCUGUUAAGUGGCCAGAGAAGGGAAAGUUGAACUUGAGAUACAGAGAAAGUGAUGGGGCAAACUAGAAGCCAGGCCUGGAGUACGGAGUGAAAGCAGAAGUGGGGAGACCCUCAUCACAAGGGCACUGCCAUGUCCUGGAGCAUCCUAAGGAUUCAGGGGAUCAGUCCUGAGUGUUCUUGAGCUGGCAUUUACUGAGUACUGAAUAUAUGCUGGGCAGAGGCCUGAGUACCUGUCUAGUUCAGUGGUUCUCAAAGCAUGGUCCAACUGGUAUCACCAGCAUCACCUGGAAACCCAAUAGAAAUACAAAUUCUCAGGUCCCACCAGAGACCUACAGAAUCAGAAACUUUGGAGGUGGGGCCCAGCCAUCUGUGUGUGUGUGUUUUAAGAUUUUUUACUUUUUUUUUUUAAAGAUUUAUUUAU